AUGUGUGUGUGUGUAUGUGUGUGCUUAAGUGUGUGCAGCGUCAAUAACCAACCUCCCGGGCCCAGUGGUGAAUGGAACGAGGGUGAGGCAAAGAAGUCUUGUCUGAACGCGGUGGCUGUGAGUUCGAGUCCCGUCAGGGUGAAGCCUAAGAUGAUUUUGUGGAGCGUUCUGGGUCGGAUGCUUCACUCUCCAAGGCCUAGCGUGUUGAUGAGACCCACUCGUGGUCGAGCCUUCAGGCGCUCUUGCAGGCCUGGCCGGCUGUACUCGAGCCUAAUGUCCUUCCAGCUGGAAGGAAAGUGGAGGACAUGCUUUUUGGUGCAAAACGGCCAGUUUAUAGAAGCCGCCAAAAAGCCUUCCCAACACAAUUGGCCAAUCACGAAUGAAGAUCCUAGCGGUACCAUCGAGUGGGCAGAUUGGAUCCAGCACCACUUGACCGGUCGAGCCCAUCUCGAAUUGGCGUUGCGAGACAGGCUCGACUCCCAAGAUCCUGUCCAAGAGGGCCUCGGGACCACUUUCGGCUACUCUAGACAGAGCGUCUGCUCUCUCUCUCUUUCUCUCUCUCUGUUUCACUCUCUCGUUCCUUUUGUUCGCUUGACCACUCUUAUCUCCAAAAUUGGUAGUCAGGUGCGUCGAGAGCUAAUUUGCCGCUUGACAACAUGGAAAAGAUGGAUGAAAAGAAUGCCAUUAGCUUAUACAUGA